UUUUACUAUGGCUUUUAACGCUCUAUUUGAUUCCACUGUAAUUGUGCUACUUGUACAGUUAUAUGUUACACCUAUACUUUUGGUUCAGUUGUUUAUACACAUUUUAAAGAAAGGUUUAUAUUUGUUGAGGUGUAAGUUUAUUUUUAUUUUUAUGGAUAUUACUAAUAAUAAAUUUGAAAAAUUUGAAUCAGAGGAAAAUCAUGACAGUCCUACGCCUACAACAUAUAAAAGGAAAAUUUAUGGACGUCAAAAAACCUUAUCGGAGGCUUCAAUCUAUAACCCCAUUGACCCACAAGAACGGAAUAAAAGUAGACAAUAUAGUUUUGCGGAUAAAACCCUUGAUUGCAUUACACAAUGCUUUUGGCAAUGUUCAUCUUGUUACCAAUGCAAUGAGAAAUCUUAAUCAAACAAAUCCUGGCUGUCUUAACGAUAAACAAUAAAAUAUAAAUAGUAUGAUCCAAAUUCAACUUAUAUUUUUAAUUUGAUUUAUCGUUUGAAAUAAAAGUAUCUAAUGGCUCAUUUGUUGGCUUGUAUAGUUGUACAUUGCUCGAAACUUUGGCUUCUGGAGUCAAUUGAUGGCUUCAACGUCAGUCCCGUUUUAGUUUAUGCUCUCAACUUACUAUAAGAUGUGGUUUAUUAUUUUUAUUCUAAUGGAUAAUUUUAAAACCCUUUGAAGACUCAAUAAUUCCAUUUAAAACAACAAAAAUGGUUUAUAAUAUUAUAUUUAUAUACUCAUUGUUUAUUAAUAUUUGGCAUUUAACAGAAGUCUCCAUCUUAUCAACACAUUUUAAUAAUGUUAUAAUUUCAUAUAGUUAUUGUUAAUUGUGUUUAUAUACAUUUAUGGAAUAACUUACACAUUUUAUCAAAUUACUACUUACUUAUUUUAUACUUGAUAAUAAGUUCAUAAAUGUUAAUGUUUCAAAAUAAUGGUCAUGCUCAAUAUCUUCUACAUUUGUAAUAGAAAUAAUAUUGCUACAACUAUAUCAAUACUUAUAUUUGUUUUUUAUUACAAUUUUAAGAUUAUUAAAUUAUAUUUUAAUUAUUUUAUACUUGGAUUUUUUUUUAAACAAUAUUUAUUGUGUUAUACCAAUGUUUUAUUAUAUUAUUGUAGUUAAAAAUAAACUUUUUAAAAAUUAAUCAUGCAUUUUUUACAAGAUCAAAAAUCGGUUUUCAUUGUGGGUUUGUUAUAAAUUCAUUGACUACUGAAUAUUAAAAGACAAAAACAUAAUUUUAAUUUCAAACAUCAUAUAAUAUUGCUUUUAAUACCAAAUAAUAAUAUAUUAUAUCAUUGCAUUACAUAUUAUAUUAAGUUUGUUAACAGUCUUUAAAUACCUUGUAAAAAGUAAUUUAAUGUAUUAUAUUUAUAUAAGUAAUAAGUAUAUCUGAUGCCAAUACAAAUAGU